AUGUUGGUACCAUUAUACAAGGCACUGGUGAGACCUCACCUGGAACACUGCGAGCAGUUCUGGUCUCCCAUGUUUAACAAAGAUGAAUUCAAACGGGAACAGGUGCACAGAAGGCAGCUGAAGAGGAGCAGGCCAGGGGGGCUGCGGCGCCCUCGUGGGCAACUCCUGUGCUCGCUCCGUGUCCUCGCCUUGCCAGGCCGGCGCUACCAGAGCCUGCCCACCACCUUCCUGGACGACCAGGAUGCCAGCGCCCGGUAUGCCAAAGCCAGCGCCAUCCGGGCGCCUCCCCAGUCGGCCUCCCCAGAGCAGGAAGGCUUCUUCAACCUGCUGACCCACGUGCAGGGCGGGCGCAUGGACGAGCAGCGCUGCAACAUCCAGAUCGUGCAUGGCAAGAGCGGUGCUGACCCGGAGAAGCAGGACAGCCCCAGCCCCCCGCCGGAGAUGGACAGUUUCCUGGAUAUGCUGGCACACACGCAGAGCCGGCGGAUGGACGACCAGCGCGUCAGCUUCAACUACCUCCCAGGCUUCCAGAACACCGACCGCAACGCCCCCAGCAAGCCGGCCUCUGGGCCCACCAAGAAGUGAGCGCCCCCAUGGCGGGGGGAGGAGCCGACAUGCCUGAUGGCCGCGCUAGCACCCGUGCCCUGCAGCACCUGCCCUGCCCACUCUGUACAACCCCAGUGCCCCAAUAAAGGCCUG